CUAUGUCGGUAUGCUUUUGUUUUGCAGAUCGGCGGGAGAUUUGAGCACGCAUAGCAUGCAUAGCCUUUCGCCAAAGACUCGACAGUCGACAGUGUUUGAAAAUGUUGAAAUCAUACAAACUACUGUAGUUGAUUGAUUGUUAUCAUGUUCACAAUUAAAUUUUCAGGGAACAUGUUUGCGAUCGUUGGCCUGUAUUGGCUGUAGCGAUCGUUGGCGGUGAUGCGAACACGCUUGUAUGAAUUUUCGGACAUGUCGAGAGGAAAGUGAUCGCCAGCGGUGGCGACGUUGGCAGGAGAGCUUGAGAUCAGGACAGGAGAGUGCUGCUAUCAGGACAGAGUACGACUAGUAGUAACCACCAUGGACGACGAGGGAGCGAGUAUAGCAACAAGCAACGAUGAGAGGAUGGAUGAGCUGCUUUCCGCUAGCCAGAGCCUGGGCCAGGGGCUGCAGCGUAUCAACCCAGACACACUUAGCAAAGCAGAGCUGAAAGUUCAACUGGCAGAAUGCAUGGCAGAUAAAGAAUUUGUGUGGACGCUGUGGAGGGAGCUGCAAUCCUCAGCACCGGAUAAGACAAAACUGGCUGGACUGAUUGUCACUCGAGAGAAAGAAAAGGCCAACCAACGACUCCAAAAGAUGAUGGAAGAAGUCGGCCGCCACCGAGAAGAAAGUGCUGACAUGGUCCAGUCACUUGCUGUUCUCAACCAAGAGGUGGAGGCAGCACAUGCUAGAGAGGCCGAUCUGAAACGAAAGCUGACAAUGGCCCAUGGACAACUGACCAGCAGGAGCACCCAAUCAGCCAAUUCCUCUGACAUCAGUGCCGAAAAGUUGAAACCACAGCUUGCCGAUGCCAAAGAGCACAUCAAGAUGUUGACAUCACAGUUGGCACAUGCAACGGCGCACUCUGAACUCCUGGCUAUGCAGCUCAAUGAACAUUCAAAGUCGGGAAUGCGCCAGGCUGAUGAGAUUGUGCAACACCAGCUCAGCAUGCAGAAGAUGCAGACAGAGAUCAAGAUGCAAAAGGAAUCGCACAAAGCAUUGGAGAGCCACUCUGAGCGUGUUUUGAGCGAAGCUGUAGCCAAACUGGAGGCUUUCGAAGCGGACUCCACUGUCAUGAGGGCAAGCUUGCAAAGUGUCUCCCAGGAACGGGACGAUCUGCGCGAGAAGCUUGCCAAGUUGGAUUCCGAAAGCCGGGAGUUGAAGAGCGUGCUCCGUGCGUCGGCCAGCUCACACGGCAAGGAGAGGGAGCGGUUGAAGCAGGCUCUAGAAGAGCAGCAGCAGCGCAGUCUACACGAUCAGAAGCGACGUCGGCGACUUCGUGACCAGCUGGUGAAGAUGCAAGACCAGCUAGCGAAGAUUCAACAACAGCAGCAGCAGCAGCAACAACAGCAGCAGCAGCAACAACAGCAGCAACAGCAGCAGCAGCAACAACAGCAGCAGCAACAGCAGCAACAUCAGCAGCAGCAGCAACAUCAGCAGCAGCAACAGCAACAACAACAGCAGCAACAGCAACAACAACAGCAGCAACAUCAGCAACAGCAACAACAACAGCAGCAACAUCAGCAGCAACAGCAGCAACCACAGCAGCAACAGCAACAACCACAGCAGCAGCAACAGCAGCAACGACAGCAGCAGCAACAGCAGCAACGACAGCAGCAGCAACAGCAGCAACGACAGCAGCAGCAACAGCAGCAACGACAGCAGCAGCAACAGCAGCAACAACCACAGCAGCAACAGCAGCAACAACCACAGCAACAACAGCAGCAGCAGCAACAGCAACAGCAACAACCACAGCAGCAGCAGCAGCAGCAACCACAGCAGCAGCAACAGCAACAACCACAGCAGCAGCAACAACCACAGCAGCAGCAGCAACAGCAGCAACCACAGCAGCAGCAACAGAGCGCAAUUACGGAUGCUCAGGUCACUGUACUAACUGCUGAGGUAUCCCGCGGCAACCCAAUGGCUCAUCAUCUGCAACAGGAACCCAAGGCCAAGGCGGGUAGAGAUUCUCCUCUAGAGCCCCGGUCACGUGCUGAACACGAUGAAAACCUAGCUGUGUUGGAGUUGUUGCAGCAGACAGUCAAUGGUGCUCGCCCUGCCUCCACCUUAGUCAGCAAACAGGACACAGGAAUACAGACUGAUGCCACUGUCGACACCGCCGAUGAGAAAACAGAGGGCUCUGAUAAUGUGGGGAAGAAUGGAUCCAAUUAUCAUCAGCUGCAAGAAGAACUUGCUACGAUGCGACUUGUCCAUGAUCGUCGACUCAAGCGUCUUGAGCAUCUUAUGGAAGACAACCGCUUACUGGAAGAGCAGCUAAAGACAUACGAAAUCAGUGAUGGUCGUGCAAAGGAAACCGCUCUGAAUUCUGAUCCUAUUGUAAGAGCACUGACCGCGAGGCAGGCGGAAAAUACUUCAUCUGACCCAAGGAGCCUGCAACAGGAAGACUCGCAUCGCGGUGCACCGUGGAAUGAGUUGACAAUGGCCAGGAGAUCGUGUGCGGACAUGCAACGGAAACUGGUGUUGGCUGAGGAGGAGCGGGAUCAGCUACUGGUGAAGAAUGCCCAGCUUGUUGUUCAGAAUGAAGACCUGGCUAACAAACACUGUCCCACUGGACAAGCUAUUGAAACAGGACGGAGCACAGUGUCCGGAACUCAAGUUAACAGAGCUCUGUCGACAAAAUCACCUGCUGAGAGGGUAGGUGAAGUCGUCCCACAGCGGCAACGGGAAGCAAGUAAACAGACUGAGAGUACGGGAAAGGUAGACAUUGCUACCUGCACAGCUCUGAGUGGAACCAAGGCAGCAGACUACCAAGUAGCAAUGGAACGCUUGCCAGGGUUGCUACAGCAGGUCGAGGAGCAAGCAAAACGGAUAGACACUCUGCACAGAGAACUGAGGGAGAAGGAAUCAGAAUGUGCUGCUAUUCACGCCACCGCAAGUGAGCUGAAAGGACAGGUGUUCAUCAAGGACAGGAUUAUUCGCCUACAGGAGAGUCAUCAACGUUCACCGUCCCCAUCCAAGUCUUCCACCAAGAGCCAGUCCUCAUCUGAGCAUUCUGGGCGUAGUGCCUCUGCAUCACAGCCUGACAGAAAGGCCAGAGCAGCAAGCAGUCACAGGGGGCAAAGCAUGGGAAGCUCAACGGACCACCAUGCACACCACACAGCAGUCAGAACGCAUCCUACAUGCCAUGCAUGCAACGAACACUGCGUCCUGCCUGCAGCAACUAACCCCUCUAGGCGGCGAAGGCGGGCCAAGUCCCUACCGCCCUGCAUAAGUCCAGGCACCGGUUUAUCCGAUCCCGGUUAUGGCAGUGCGUAUUCUCCGCGCGUCACAGGACUCAACUAUUGUGGAAACGCUUGCAGGCAUUUACAUGUGUGUUGCCAAGGGCACAGCCACAGUGCACUAAGACAUUCAAAGAGCUGUGAGCAUCUGUCUGAGACGACAAUCCCACCACACCCCUCAUCAAAUAGCAGAUCUGUAUUAGCAUUCGGAAGUCGAUUUGAACCGACAACUAGUCCCAAUCGGCCCAGACGCGAUGUACCACAGAAGCGUAGUCGAAGCCAAUCACAAUCUGCGGCGCAUGACCGUGUACGGUCAACAUGGAGGAUGGCAGCACUGAAACGUGAGAUAUCAACACUACAUUCUACAUGCCGUGCACUGCGCGAUGAGAAGGCUGUAUUGACACAGAAGACUGAUGAACUGCAGCGUCAGCUGCUAUCCUACCAAGCCAAGUUGGCCACAUCACAGGCCACCACCAAGCUACUGCAGGACAAGUGUGCCGAGGCAGACCAAUCAGACAGUGCUGGGGUUGCAGUACCAACAGCCACACCAGCCAGGCCAGAGCGUGGCAAGAAGGAUGUGUUGAAGGCCAGCGAUGAACAAGACCCAAGCCGCUUGACAGCUGCAUUGCUGCAACUUAAACUGAAGACAGAGAAGGAGCGAAAUCUAACGCAAGAUGUCAGUCGCCAAUUGGCGAUGAUUCGACGCCUGCGAGUGGAGACGGAGACCCAGACGCACGAGCUGGAUCAAGUGCGCAGCCGCAACGUGACCCUGGAGAGAGACCUGCGCCAGAAACAGUUACUGCUGAAGUCGCUGAGGAGCGGCCAGUCUGAGGCGCACCGUACUGCGAAUGCUGUGACUGUAGAACUGCGGUCUGCUCAGGAGCACAUCAAAUCUAAACAGGAAGAAGUGUACCUGCUAAAGAACAAGGUGUCAGUUCUGCAGCGGCAGCUUGCAGCCGAAUGUCAAGAGAAGGAGCAGAGCAUGUCGUCUCUCCAGGUCACUGUAACAAGGCUCAAAGAUGCGCAAUCUGAACAGCAGCGUCUCAAGCAGAGGAGCCGUGAAACCCAGAAACUGGCUAGAGACAGUGAAGCUGCCCGGGUCUCUCUGAGUGCACAAUCCCAAGAAGCCAAGGAUGCAUAUCAGAAGUCACUAAGUACAAUGGAACAGAGUGUGAAGUCCUCGCAUGAACAGCUAGAGCAGUAUAAGAAACUUGUUGAGCUGGCAUUGAAAGAUACCACUGCUGCAAAUCACUCUGCAGAGUCCUGGGCGACACCAGCUGCAAAUCACUCUGCAGAGUCCUGGGCGACACCAGCAGCAUGUAAUCCACCAACAAAGCCAAGGAUUUCAGAUAAGUGCAAUACACUUCCAGCAGAAACAGCCGUGAGAAGUGAAGUGUCUGCGACAAGUCCGGCCGAAAGAAGAAGUCCAAUGGCGACAGGUCUGGCUGUGUCCGACGAGGCCAAAACUCGGUCCACUGCCUGGGUGAAGGCCUGUCAGCUUUCCUGCUCUAUACUCGAGCUUUCGGCCUCCGAGCUGAGUGACUUGUUGCGUGACCAAGACACGUGAUACAACAGGUGACUCUAACCACUCAUGCCAUUGGUUUCUCGCCGAUGGGCUGUCUGAACCAGGUCCUUGGCUCUGGCACUCCGGCUGAGCAAAAAUGUACAUAGGCACUUGCGUGACGCCGUAUGCUGCGAUGACCCCGGUUAGAAGUUAGUGAAUUUCAUGCAUGGGGCAUUUGCAUUGGGUGUCUGACUCUUGGGUCCUUUGCAGUAGGCAUUUGGCUCUUGCUACACUUAUUGCAAUCGUGUUCAACUCAAUUUUGUUACGUCCGGUACUGCAAUGCUUGAACAGAUUAUCUGACAUUCUACAAGGCUACCGUUUACCAAGUUUUCUGGUGUUCAUUGUGAAGUUCAUUUCUUUCCCGGUAUCCAAUCAUGCAGUUGUAACACUUUGGAAUGUACACGUGCUAUCCGAUCAUGCAGUUGUAUCACUUUGCAAUGUACACAUGCUAAGCUGGUGGUAGUUCAGUCGCGUAAUGCGAAAUUGUAGAGUUGCAGUACAUCUUGCUGCAUACCGUUCA